CAGUAUCUCAGCCUCACCCAAAAUCUUUCACCACUAUCAACCGAUCCGACCCAUCGCCCUCAAUAUCCCACCAACGGCGGCCCAAUUGCCUCUCCUCGACAGCGUCACCGCCGCCGUCGACACGCCGCCUUCAAAAAUGCCUCCUCGUCUGCCAAUUCGCCUGGCCCUCCCACGGCCCUGCGCCGUCGCCGCCCGGCCUCUCCUCCUCCCACUCACAGCUACCCGCGGUGUCAAGUAUGGAUGGACCACGGCUCCUCCUCGCAACAAGCACAAGCGAUUCAACCAGCCUUCUUCCGGCCUUCCUGCUCUUACAAAUGGUCCUGCUGCUGCGCUGAAGCGUCGGGAGAAUACUACGCCUCUGCGCUCGGGUGUCCUUGCUACCAAGAAGGGCAUGACUAGUGUGUUUGUUGGAAAGACCCGUGUGCCUUGCACCGUGCUGCAACUCGAUCAGGUUCAGGUUGUCGCCAACAAGACCCGACAGAAGAACGGUUACUGGGCUGUGCAGAUUGGUGCGGGCUCGCGUGAUGGUCGAAACGUCACAAGCCCAUUGCUGGGUUACUACGAGGCCAAGGGCAUUGCACCCAAGGCUGAGCUCGCCGAGUUCAAGGUCCGAAACGAGUCUGGUCUUCUGCCCGUUGGUGUUCAGAUUCUUCCCGACUGGUUCAAGAAGGGCCAGUACGUCGAUGUCAAGGGCCGAUCGCGGGGUAUGGGUUUCGCUGGUGGCAUGAAGCGCCACGGCUUCUCCGGUCAGGAAGCUUCGCACGGUAACUCCAAGAACCAUCGAACAAUCGGUACAACAGGUCCCUCGCAAGGCAGUGGUAGUCGUGUCAUGCCCGGCAAGAAGAUGCCUGGUCGUAUGGGCAACGAAUUCGUCACAGUACAGAACCUCAAGGUCAUGAUGGUGGAUAACGACUUGGGUAUUGUGCUAGUCGGUGGACCUAUUGCCGGUCCCAAGGGUCGUGUUGUUCGUCUUCAAGACGCCAAGAAGCGAAAGGCUCCUCCUCAACCUCAUCGUGAGGCUGCUUUGGCUACUCUAUUGGAGCGCAACCCCGAUCAUGAGGUUAAGCUCCAGGAAGCCCGGGAGAGGCAUCUUCAGCUGAAGAAUGAGAGAGAAACGGCGCAGCUUCAAGACUAAUGACUUUUACCAUGGAUUGUAAGAGGGACUUUGUACUACGUAUGAUAAAAUGGGAGAGAUCAUAAGCGGGCUUUUUGUAUUAUACACACACACACACACACACACCAUCUACUGUACAGAUUCGACUAUAACCGGAGUACCCAGGGUUAUCAAAUUCAUUUUAACAACAAUGCUCGCCUCCCAUGUUCCCUUUGAGUGGCCCAUCAUGCCUCACUUGUAUUCGACCUGCUUUCGGAAUCCUCUUGUAGGAGCGUCUUCCUCCACAGCAGGAAGAUCCUCACCACCUCCAAUGAGCGCCUUGAAAGGAUCACCAUUAUCCAAAAGGUCCAACCUCGUACCAUCGCUCAUGGUAAGACUCCACUCUGUAGUUGAGAAAAAACCCUUGCUAGUAGGUCUGUUGCUGGCGAAGCGCAUAACACCCUCGCCCUUUGUGCCUCGUACUGAGAACCAAAUAUCGAUACGGCCGUGAAGCUGGUUCAUCUCGCCGUGAAUCCAGGGGAUUUGGUGCUUGAAGUAGAUCUCAUCACCGAGGAGAUUGCGAGCAUCUUGGUUGGUUCGUAGAGCGUAGAGUGUCGAGGAGACGACGGGUGAGGACAUCUUUUGGUAGUUGAAGAUAGCGACUGAUGAAGCGGCCACGAUGAGGAGGAAGAUGGGGAAAGUACGGCGCCAGCGGAAUGUCACAUCAGCUACAUCUACACAAUUAUCAAUGUCAGUCUAAU